GGGAGGUUCUCGGGGCGCCGCCGCCUCCUCGCUGGCUGCCGGGGUGCCCCGACCUCGGGGUCAGAUGGGCCCCAGCCCGGAGCUGCCCUAGGACAGUGGACAUGGCCCAGCAGUUUAUCCUGGAUGUCCCCGCGACCCCAGGGGAUCAGGGCUUGGAGCUCAGCCCGGACGAUGAGGAUGAGGUGCACGACUCCUUCCGGCAGCUCCUUCAGGAGCACGGCCAGUGGGGGACAGAGGAGGACCUGGAGCUGCAGCCCAGGAGGGCCUCGGGUAGGGACCAGGAAACCCUCCUGGGUCCGGAGGUGGGCCCCGAGUUCAGCGCGGCCACGCUCCGCAUUCUGUCCUGCAUGCCCAGCCGGACCAUUGGCCGCAGCCGUGGGGCCGUGAUCUCGCAGUACUACAACCGCACGGUCCGGCUGCGGGCCAGCCGACCCAGACUCCGUGCCUUGGGGCGCUCGGCCCGGCCCAGCCUCCGCACCUACGACCUGGAGCUGGACCCCGUGGCGCGUGAGGAGCAGGAGAAGCGUCGCCUGCUGGCCAGGGAGCUGCAGGGCCUGGCGCCGGCCCAGCGCGUGCAGAUGCUGCGGUCCAUGCCCCUGAGCCUGGCCGAGAAGCGGCGCCUGCGGAAGGAGAGCCUGUCCCCCGGGGCGAAGCAGCGGGCCCGGCAGGGUCCCCGGGGCCUGUCCUGCUGCGGCUGGCUGCUGGACGCCUGUGCCCUGGCCUCGCACGAGCUGGCCCUGGCGCUGCCGUCUGGCUGGCGGGCGCGGGCGCCCUGGCGCUACGCGCUGAAGCGCAUCGGCGCCCAGUUCGGCUCGAGCGCGCUCUGCUACUUCGUCUUCCUCAAGAUGCUGCUGCGAUUCAACGCGCUCCUGCUGCUGCCGCUGCUGGCCUUCGUGGUGGGCGUGCAGGCCGCCUGCCCGCCGCGCGCCCCCGGGCCCCCGCCCGCCUUCACCGGCCUGGAGCUGCUCACAGGCGGGGGCCGCUUCACCCAGUCCGUCAUGUACUACGGCUACUACAGCAACGCCACGCUGGGCCCGUGCGCAGCGGGGGCCGGACGCCUGGCCUACAAUAUGCCCCUGGCCUACCUGCUCACCACGGGGGCCGCCUUCUUCCUCACCUGCAUCACGCUCGUGUACAGCAUGGCCCGCUCCUUCGGCGAGAGCUACCGUGUGGGCAGCACGCUGGGCGCGCACGCCCUCACCGCCUUCUGCACCUGGGACCACAAGGUCACCCAGAAGUGGGCCUGCCGCCUGCAGCAGGACCACAUCCGGACGCACCUGAAGGAGCUGCUGGCGGCUGAGCGGCGGCUGCGCCAGGGUCCCCGCGGCGUGUGCGGGAGGCUGCAGCGGGCCGCGCUGCGGGGCGUGGCGUGGCUGCUGUGUGCGGGGCUGGCGCUGGGCUGCGCCGUGGCCGUUUACUUCUUCUCUGAGCUCAUGCUCAAGAGCCCCGUGUCGGUGGAGCAGGAGGGGGCGCUGCUGGCCCUGCCCCUGAUAGUCUGUCUUAUCAACCUGGUGGUCCCCUACCUGUUCCGCGGCCUGGCCGCCCUGGAGCAGCGGGAGUCCCCAGGGCUGGAGGUAUACGUGGCCAUCUGCAGGAACCUCCUCCUGAAGAUGGUCACCCUGGGCGUCCUGUGCUACCACUGGCUGGGCCGCAGAGUGGCCACCCUGAGCGACCAGUGCUGGGAGGACUUCGUAGGCCAGGAGCUGUACCGGCUGACGGUGCUGGACUUCAUCUUUACACUGCUGGACACGCUCCUGGGGGAGCUGGUGUGGAGACUCGUGUACGAGAAGCAGCUGAAGAAGAGAGGGAAGCCGGAGUUCGACGUUGCUCGGAAUGUUCUGGAACUCAUUUACGGGCAGACCCUGAUCUGGCUGGGGGUCCUCUUCUCGCCGCUGCUCCCUGCCCUGCAGGUCCUCAAGCUGCUGUUCCUCUUCUACGUCAAGAAGGCCAGCCUUAUGGCCAACUGCCAGGCGCCGCGCAGGCCCUGGCUUGCCUCGCACAUGAGCACCGUGUUCGUCUCGCUGCUCUGCUUCCCCGCCUUCCUGGGCGCCGCCCUCUUCCUCUGCUUCGCAGUCUGGCAGGUGAGGCCCUCGAGCACCUGCGGCCCCUUCCGGACCCUGGACAGCAUGUACGAGGCGUGCCGGACCUGGGUGCGUCACCUGGAGGCGGCGAACCCCGGUGUGUCCUGGGUGCCCUGGGUGCACCGCCACCUAGUCGAGGACCCCUUUCCCACCUUCAUGGCGUCAGCCCUGCUCAUGGCCGUCAUCUACCUCAACAUCCAGGUGGUGCGGGGCCAGCGCACAGUCAUUGCCCUCCUCAAGGAGCAGAUCAGCAAUGAGGGCGAGGACAAAAUCUUCCUGAUCAACAAGAUUCAUUCUGUCUAUGAGAAGAAGGAGAGGAGCAGGGCUGGUAGGACGGAGGCUGCGGAGAUGCCACCGGCUGUGCACGCCGAGGACCUGGAUGCCUGGUAGUGGAGCCGGGCCUGGUGCUGCGUGGUCCCCCACUCCUCGUGGGCACCCGCUGGGUCCUGGGGCCACUAUGCUGAGCUCACCCCUUCCCCUCUCCACGCUGUG